UGAGCUCUUGGGUUGUUGUAUAUUUCAUUGACAGCCACUGCUUGACUCAAGAGGGUGGACGGGGCAGCUGGGCUUGAAGUCAUACAAGCCUUAGAGAUGUCAGGCUACAUGUGCUGCCUGCUUCUGGUCAUCCCGUUGACUCCUCACUGUGUAGGAGUUAUAUCUGCAGCCCAGAUGUGCACUGAGGUUAAAUCCAGCGUAACCUACAACUGUGAAAACCUAGGACUUGAAGAGAUUCCUGAAAGUCUUCCAAACACAACGAAAUUUCUUGACUUCAGUUUUAACUUUCUCCCUGACCUCCAAAACUCAACCUUUGGCAGGCUCAGAGAAUUGGUCUACUUAGAUUUAACCAGGUGUGAAAUUAACUGGGUGCAUGAAGAUGCUUUUGAAAACAAUAAUGACCUAAAUACCAUUAUACUGACUGGAAAUCCCCUGAUAUUUGUGGCAGACACAGCUUUUGAAGGUCCUAGGGCCCUAAAGCAUCUCACCUUAACCCAAACAGGCAUGACUAGUAUUACAUUUAUUCCAAUGCAUAAUUUGGAAAACUUGGAAACUCUGCAUCUUGGCAGCAAUCAUCUUUCAUCCAUCCAAAUCCCCUCAACAUUUCCUACUCAUAGCCUGAAAGUCCUGGACUUUGAACGUAACGCCAUACAUCACAUUGCUAAGAAAGAUGUGGAAUCCUUGAAAAAGGCAACCAACUUAAGCCUUAUCUUGAAGGGCAAUAAUAUUUGGGACAUCGAGGAUGGGGCUUUCAACUCUACUGACUUUCAAAGCUUGAACUUUGGAGGGAUCCCUGAUGUUUCUAUUGUGUUAAAGGGGCUACAGAAUUCCAUCACUCAAACUCUUUGGCUUGGGACCUUUCAAGAUGUAGAUGAUCUAGAUAUAAGCCCAGCCAUGCUGAAAGGGCUAUGCAAUAUGUCUGUGGAAGCCCUCAACUUACAGUUUCGACAUUUCUCAAGAUCACCUGCCACCUUUCAGUGCUUCACCGGACUCCAAGAGCUAGAUCUGACUAAAGCUCACUGGCACAGUUUACCCUCUGGCAUUGAGAUGAAUCAGCUUAAGAAAUUAGUGUUGAAUCAAAACUCAUUUGGUGAUUUGUGCCAAAUCAAUGCUGCCAGCUUCCCUUCCCUUACUCAUCUUUAUGUUAAAGGCAACAUACACAAGCUAGACUUGGGCACAGGCUGCUUAGAAAAUCUAAAAAGCCUUUUGCACCUAGAUUUAAGCCACAGUAAUGUUGCCUCGGAUGCCUGCUGUAAUAGUCAGCUGAGGAACCUGUCUCAUCUGAAGCAUCUGAACUUGAGUUAUAAUGAGGCGCAUACCCUCAAAGGGGAGGCUUUCAGAGAAUGCUCUCAGCUGGAGCUAUUGGAUUUCGCCUCUACACAUCUCCAUACUGAUGCUUCCUCCAGUCCUUUCCAAAAUCUCCAUCUCCUCCAGGUCCUGAAUCUCUCUAACUGCCUUGUUGAGACCAGCAAUCCUCAGCUGCUGGUGGGUCUGCAAGGUCUUCAGCAUCUAGACCUGGGUGGGAAUCUCUUUCAGUCUGGGAUCCUCACCACAGACAAUCUGCUCCACCCUUUGGACAGCUUACAGGUCCUCAUUCUGUCAUCCUGUGGCCUAACAACUCUAGAACACCAGGCCUUUGGAAGCCUUGGCAAACUCAGGUACUUAGACCUGCAGCACAACAGCCUGACUGAGUCAGGCUUGGCAGCUCUUGGCGAUCUCCAGACAAUUCAUCUCAACCUGGCAGACAACAGUAUACGUAUCAUUCCACCUAGUCUUCUACCUGCCUUUUCCCAGCAGAGCACCAUUAAUUUAAGUCACAACCCCCUAGACUGUAGUUGUUCCAAUAUUCACUUUCUGACAUGGUACAAGGAAAAUCUGAAUAACAUUACAGACCCUGAUGAGACCACAUGUGGGAAUCCCCCAGCUCUAAGAGGGGUGAAGUUGUCUGAUGUAACUGUCUCCUGUGCCCUUCCGGCUGUGGGAAUUUUCUUUCUGGUGCUAUUUCUUUUGAUAGUCUUCACUAUGUUAAUUGUCUUAGCCCGACGCUAUGUAAUUAGAAAAUAUGAAAAUAUUUAGGUCUGAAGGUUUCCAGUAAA